AUGUCUGCCGAAUUACAACAGUUGCUCUUGUUACAGAGUCAGCAAAUACAAAGUCUGGUGGAAGCAAUCGCCAAACAAGCGGCUAAUCCUCCAACACAAAAGGAACAAGCACAGGCAGCACCACCUUUCCGUGCUUUUGAUGCAUCACGAGAUGAAUGGCGAGAAUAUUUCGCGCAGUUGCAGGCGCACAUGACAGUCUACAAAAUCACAGAUUUGGUCCGCGGCGGGUUCCAGCCGCGCCUUCCGACUUCGCUGCCGCCCCCAGGGCAGCAGCAGCAGCCGUCGCCGCUACCACGCCGACAGCCCGUCCCGUUGAUGCCUCCCGCGCAGCUUCAUCCGGGAGCGCCCCAGGUAGUCGCUCCGGCGCCUGCGGUCCCUCUUCAGUCGCCACCGCCUUCGGAGCUGAUGGACGUCGACCCCUCAGCCGGGCCGCCGUCCCAAGCGGUGGCUGUGCAGCCUGUCCUGCAGCCGCUUUCCUUGGGCACCCCCAAGGAGUCUGACACCGCAGCGCCUUGUCCGGCGCCCACUCAGCAGCCGUCGACGCAGCGUCAGGAGACGCUGCCUCUCGUCGUGGGUCCCGACGCCCCGUCGCGUCCAGUACCAGAAGCUGCGCCCGUGGUCACAGGCGUGCACCCUGACCUCGGUUUUCAGUCGGUGUUUCCCGAGGCCCCGCGCAGCCAAUGCUGGGGUGCGGACCGGGGACUGCCACCGACAAGUCUCCGCCCCGGUCUCUUCUGCUACGCCUGCGGCCAGACCCCUCCCCCGCCGUCGACGCUCGCCACGUCAUUAUUCAACGACGUCUGCCUGAAGCGAUACGCCACUAGUUGUGUAUCUUAA